AUGCCCGAAGAUCUCAUGAGAGCAGCCACUUCUGGCAAUUCCAUGUCAUUGCAAACUUUGGUUGCACAGAAUCCCAACAUUCUUCUUGGAAGAACUCUGGAGGGGAACACCUGCCUUCACCUAUCCGCCAUCCAUGGUCAUGAGCAAUUCUGCAUGAGUGUGGUGACAUUGGAGGAGCAUCUCCUCGGCUCUGUAAACUUCGAAAGGGAGACGCCUCUUGUUACCGCGGUGACAAAUGGUCAUGUCCCUUUGGCUUCUUAUUUACUCCAGCGUUGCUCUCAGGUACAACUGAAUCAGGCAAUCUUGCAACAGGACAUGCAUGGAUUUAAUGCACUGCACCAUGCAAUUCGCUGUGGCCAUAGGGUUCUUGCACUGGAGUUGAUAGCAGCAGAGCCCGAGUUAUCACAAGCCGUGAGCAGAUGCAAUGAGUCACCCAUGUUUGGUGCGGCGGUGAGAAAUUUUGCAGAAGUUGUCACGAAGCUCGUAAAUAUUCAGGACUUGAGUCAUUCGGGGCUACUUGGCCGCAAUGCUUUGCAUGCCGCGGUUAGACUUGGGUAUAUCGAGAGUGCUACAGUAAUGAUGCAGGCACGGCCUGAAAUGGCCACAGCAAUGGACAGGAACAAGAACACACCAAUAAGAUUGGCUGUACUUUUUAACAAGACCGAGGUCCUACGAGUAUUGCUACAACAUGAUUGCUCUUUGGGGUAUGAAGUGAGCGAGGACGAUGGUUCCCCCCUCCUUGUAUCUGCCGCAUUUCGAGGUCACAUUGAUAUUGCCAGGGAGAUUCUGAAUUAUUGUCCCGAUGCUCCUUAUCGCCAAGCAGGAGGUUGGACAUGGCUUCAUACAGCUGCAGCUAAUGAGAAUGAAGAAUUUGCUGAAUUUAUUCUGAGAACACCACAGCUCGGCCAAGUCAUUAACAUGCAAGACGACAAAGGAAAAACCGCUCUACAUUAUGCAGUAAAGAAGUGCAAUCCCAGAAUAGUUGUCGCCUUACUGUCUCACCCGGACAUAGACGUGGCAGUGCAAGAUAAUGGCGCUAAUUCAGCAGCUUGGGAAUUGUGGAAGACCACAGAUCACGCCAAGACUUUAAACUGGAAUGAAGUCAGCAUGCUUAUGGCUAAAGCAGAUCCUCAAGGUGCUGCCGCUCUUCAUAAUCUUCAAAUGGAGGCCAAACAACAGGCAAUUAUUAAAGCAAGGAUGAAUGCAAAGUCACUAACACAAACAUACACAACCAACACCUCAUUAGUGGCCAUCCUAAUUACCACAAUCACCUUUGCGGCUGCUUUUAGUCCGCCUGGAGGAUACAAUAGUGCUACGGGAAGUGAGGGUCUUCCCACCAUGUCACAAAAGGUUGCAUUCAAGGCAUUCUUGAUCUCUAACACCUUAGCAAUGUGCUCCUCAUUUGUUGUCGCCUUCAUAUGCAUCAUAGCAAGGUGGGAGGAUUACGAGUUCUUAGUUCAUUACAGAUCCUUUACCCAGAAUCUCAGGUGGUUUGCAUUCAUUGCAACAACUACGACUUUCUCAACUGGUUUAUACACAGUGCUGGCUCCUCGCCUCAAGUGGUUGGGCAUUGCAAUUUGUGUUGUGGUAGCUUUGUCUCCCAUUCUCACUAAACUGCUUGGCGAUUGGCCUGUCUUGAAGCUCAAAAUUCGGCUGGGUAAAACUUUUAACUCCGAUCUCCUUGACAUGGUGUGA